AUGGCUUUUAUCAAUUCAAUGAAAGCUUGCCAAACAGCAGAGGAAUUUAUGCUGGGCUAUUAUGAAAGAAUGGACAAGAGACGUCACUCUAUGUCUAAGCUGCAUUUGGACGGUGGGCUUUUAGUUUGGAAUGGAAUUCCAAUAUCGGGACGAAAACCGAUACAAGAGCAUUUUUUAGAUCUACCAUGUUCAGAACACCGGUUAAUGUCCUUGGAUACGCUACCAGUCAUGGACGAAAUCAUCCGCUUACAGCCUCAGAUUUUGAUUUUAGCCAGUGGAAUCGUGAGAUACCAUCCAAAAUCCACUGACGUGGUGCAAAGAUCAUUCCAUCAAACAGUCGUGAUAACUGCUCAAGGAGAUAAAUGGUACAUAGUUAAUGAUUACAUGAGCCAAUAUAAUUGA